AUGGUAUUGUUUUUUAAAUUAUGCAUGCCAUCUAAUUAUACAAUAAGUACGAAGUUUUAUGCUAGAAAAGAAGCUGUUCCAGAAACAAAUGUGUCAACAAAGAUUGUAAUAUACUUAAUUGACCCUUAUUUGGAUUUUGGUAAGACACUGAUAAUUUAUAAUUGGUAUACAAGUGUUGAAUUGGCAGAACUACUGGAAAAUAGAAAAACUUAUUAUAUUGGAACAUUAAGAUCAAAUCGUAAAUCAAACCCAAAGGAAGUGAUAAAUUAUAAAUUACAAAAAGGUAAAUGUUUUUCACUAAGCAGCGACUCAAACGUAAUGGUUAUGAAGUGGAAGGAUAAACGAGAUAUAUACAUGUGCAGUACAAAAAUAACCAAUCGAAUGGUAGACAUAGUAAAAAGGAAUACCAUUUCUCAAAAACCAGAAACAAUAAUGAUGUACAAUAAAGGAAAAGGCUGCAUAGACUUGUCUAACCAAAAGGCAUCUUAUUCAAAUCCUUUGUGUAGGUCGAUGAAAUGGUACAGGAAAGUUUUAAUGGAUAUACUACUUGAUACUGGUGUGGUAAAUGCUGCAUGUUUGUUCAAUCUAACCACUAAAGCUAUACUACCACUACAUAUUUUCGGCCUUCAUUAG